AUGUCUUACAGGUCGAACAAGGCUCUCAGCAGCAACGAACCACCAUUCCAGCCAGUAUGGACCGCUUUGAGGAGCAGCACUGUCAAUCUACAGCCUCAGCUGGAUUGGCGACGGCAAAGGAUACCGCAAGAACUUCAAAGGGUCGAGGACGAGGCGGACGUGCCAGAGAAGCUCAAGCAGAUCCUUGCCUGGUCUCUCAACCUCGAUGCCGCUCGACCACGUACCACAGCCAGUUCCAGCAUCUUGCAGCAUGGGGCCAGCGCUCGUUCUUGCUAUCCAAUUCAAGGGGAUGCUUCUGCCCAUCCUCCCGGCUCUGUCUCUGAAGCCCCCCAACAACCUUCCGAAAAACGUCGAGCUAGAUCACGGAAUGCCAGCAAUAGUAUUUUUGCUUCCACCGUCGACCUCUUCGCCAGCCUUAGGGGCAAGACCAUAAAAGACCAACCAGCAGCUGCGAAUUCAGUCAAGGCUCUGAACAAGAAGCAGCCAAUGGUUGAGUGUACAAGCUGCUUCGAAGACACUCCCAAGAACGACACCAGCAACCUUCCCUGCACUCACUCAUACUGUAAGCCGUGUCUGACAACCCUGAUCACGACUGCCCUCGAAAACGAGGCAAGCUUCCCGCCGAAGUGCUGCUUGACAGCAAUACCACUACCGACAAUCAUGUCUACUCUUGACGCCAAGCAGAGAAAUACGUAUAAAGAGAAGGCUGCCGAGUUCUCUAUACCCCACCAGCAAAGAUGGGGCGAAUAUGAAAGUGCAAGAGAUGCUGGAGACGCCGAGUUGGCUCGCAUUAUCGCACAAGUUGAAGAGAUGGAGCGACGGAAUCCACGAGAGCGUCGAAGAGCAGAGCAAAGACGUGAGGCAGAACAACGCAGACAAGAGGCCGAACUUGUAAGACUGGAAGCGGAACGUUUGCGGGAGCAGGAAGCAUUGCGCGUCGAACAGGCUCGGCUAGAGCAGCAUCUUCAACGCGUCCUACGGCUAUCGGUCGAAGAAAGCUGCCGCCGCCUCGAAGAAGCUUGGAAUGAGACUCGCUUGUCGCAGAUGCACAGCUUGGACAGCCGCCACGUGGCCACCGAGCGGCAAUACAACCAAGAUCGUGACGAAGCUAUCAUUCAGCAAAUACGAAAGCACGAAAGAGCUUCCCAGCAGACGAUUUCCAACCUUGAGAAACGAAUGUCGGACAUCAAAGAGAGGCAUACAAUGGAGAUGACAACCUUUACUGUCGAACAGCAAACCAUCGAAGACGACAUCUUCCUCGAGAUACAAAUGCAUCUCUGUGGAAAGCAAGACAGGGAAGCGCGGGGCCAUCGCCUUCAGGGGCGGUUCCAGGAACAGCGCUGGGAGAGAUACCAACAAUUGCUCGCGAAGCACGAACUUGAGACUUACGCCCUUCGAGCCAACGCACAGAUGGAAAUGCAGGACUUGGAAUUGGUCUACAGCGGCAACAUGGCGGAGAUCGACCUCACUUUUCGCACGGCUAUGCAGCAACUUUCGAAGGAUGUUGCUGCCGACCGUGCUUGGUUUCAUUUCCUCAACCAGAGGGGGCAAAAUAUGGUUGCCGAGCAUGCCCGACUCAUGCUUUAUGCUCUUGAGGCAGGUCAGGAACCCGUUGGACUGACUGGGGAGGUUGCAAUGACAAUCGGACCUUUCAUCGCCGACGUCCGGCCAGAGAGAGGGAUCGCGGUGUCGCAAUACCUAGAAGUUUUGGACAGUACAAGACAGGGACAUGCGCCAGGACAACCCUGGAGGGAGAUGCUCUCGCCGUCGCCCGCAGGCAGUGCAUCGCCGACACAUUCCUUUGUCGACCUUGCCGAGACCUCACGGCAACUGUUGAAAAUCCUGGAGGCAGAUCCUGCACCUGAGAAUUUGUAUGGAUCACCACCACUACCAGUCAUGUCUGCAAACGAGCUGCUCCUGACAAACAGUGCUUUUGUGUGGAUGACGGACGCCACGCCAAACGAUGCUUCGCAGUUGACCAACGUAACACCCGCCCGUGCUUCAGGACUGAGAAGGAGUCAAUGGGUCAGCCGUCACCGCCCACAUCCACGAACUCCAGUGUCGCCGUCCACGACCAAGCCAUCAUCAGGGUGUAUCUACUCCAGUGCAUCGCGGCCCUGCCAAUUCGGAUCCGCUCCAUCCUCACCGGAUCAACCUGUGAUGACAGUACCGCCUCUCGUUAUUAACAGGGCGCGAAAUCAGACGCCACGGAGCCCACAGGAUGAUUCAGCACCGACACAGACAGUCCCCGCGGUUACCAUCUCUACUGAGCCGACAGCACAGGCACGCGCACCCGCCCACUUGGCAGCACCGAAGCCAGCCAGAAACGAAAACCAACAACAGCCCAGAGUCCUUGGAGGCCUCGUCCCCGUCGUGCCACGCGAAGAAGAUAGGCAUGUGAGAUUGAUGAACGCACUCAUACACGUGACACAUAAACGACAAUCCCCUUCCACGGGCUCAGCCUCCAGCGCUGACUCCCUCGUAAUGACACCCACGACAACAACCUCGACAUUUUCGUCGAUUGCCCCGAGCUCGCCGCCAACAUCCCAUCGAUCCAGCACCACCUCAAGAAGCAGUGGCGAUAGUCUCUUCCUCCACAGCCUGAUCAGCGCAGCAACAGCAACCGUGGCACCCACAGCGGUGACGGGGCCGGUUAUCUCCGAGCGCGCCGUCGGCUUUGGAGCGCCAAAAGAGGGGUGA